AGUUGGUUCGCGCGACCAUAAACAAUAAACAAACCCUGAGGCUGAGUGUUGCAGGGGGACGCUCGCUGGGCUCCGCUCCCCAUUAUUUCUUCUAUUUCGCGCGAUCCGGGAAGAGUUCUCCCAUGAAUCUUCAAAGUGACAUCUUUUUGUCAAGGAUGACUCAUUACAGCAGCAACAUUAAGUGACAAAAACAGAGCUGUAAUUUUAAGGAAGCCUCUUUCUUCCUGGUGUCAUCUACAGGACUCCAUGAUGCCCCUCUUGCUUCCAUUAUUACUCCCAGAGUAUAGAAGAUAUGGUAUGGUGUAGGCCACUGGGCCUCUGGUCUUGCACCAAAAGAACUAAAGCGUAUACUGUUUACACUCCUUAGAGGAUUAUGGCAUCUUGGUGGUGAGCCUUUGGCUGCCUCUCAUUGAAAUCAUAGUUCAAGUCUGAGCCUUGCUAGUUUGGCUCUUUAGUGAAGAGUUUUAUAAAAGGAGAUAAGUGGCUUUUGCCACAGUAUUUUUUGGGUAAUAUUUUUCAGAAACACAGACUAAAAUGCCUACAGAGAGCCUUGGAUUAGAUGCUAGAAUGGACAUGGACCCUAAAGGCUUUAGUCCCAUGUCAGGACCAGAAGAUAAUAUGAGUUCACCUCCAAGUGUGUUAACAACAGCUUCUGCAGGAUCCACUCCCUCUUCCAUCCCCUCUGCUGGGUCCACACCGUCAUCCAUUCCAUCAGCGGGAUCAACUCCAUACCAGUAUAAUACUCAUGAGGAUGUUGGGAUGAAGCCCAUCACCCCUUCAUCAGACCACCAGCCCAUCACACCAAUGACACCAGACCAGCCCAUCACCCCAGACCAACCCAUCACUCCUGAUCAGUCCGUUCCAUCCGACCAGCCCAUCACGCCAGACCAGCACCCUCCUCGGAGUCCAGGGCUGUAUGCAGAUAGUAUUAAAGAUGGGAUGUAUGUGGAGAAGAUGGAUGUGAGUCCCAGUGCCGCCAACAGACACGCUCAUCCCAGCGGCAGCAGAGGGAGUGAACGGCGAGAAGAUUGUUCGUGUAUUCUUUGUGAGGACCACAGGAGACAUGCUAAUGACCCUCAGCCUGAAAAUGAAGGUGAUAUAAAGUACAGUGGUGAAAUUAAGGUGAAAACAAAGAGAAACAAAGACUCCAAUGCACAACGGAAGCCUCGUAAGCGCAAACAGUCUGGGAAGAUGCAUUAUCAGAGUGAAAUUUCCCAAGAUUCUGAAGAGACUGGAAUCAGGAUGAAGAUUAAAAUGACCUUCCCUCCAGUGAAAGACAGUGCUUGCCAUGCAGUAACAGACUCUUCCUUUGGGAACCGAACUCUGAGUGUUAUGUCUAGUCCGGGUGAGAAGGGGCCAGGGAAGAGAAAAAGUUCCCAUAGUGGUGACAGUGACAACUGCAGACUAUCACCUGGAGAAGGGGGAAAGAGAAGGAAAAAAGUUUCAGAGUUUGUGGAGUGGGGUCCAGUUGAGAGUGUUGUGGAUGGUGAGCCUCAAUCCCCAUGGGCUUGUAAGUUAUCUGAAAGCACUCUCUUUGACAUCCUGCACAUGGCCACUCGCUCGGUGGGAGCAAUUCCUCUUCUUCCGCGAACAUCAAGAGUUUGCAGAUUGUGGAGACGUGUUUCAGCAGACAAACGCCUGUGGCACACUGCUGACCUGGCCACAGGACGCAUCAAGCCUCGUCACCGCAAUGAGAAGAAACUGUUGUGGCUGCUGGAGAACAGACUGAGUAAUGUUGAUGACCUUGUCUUAGCUGGAUGGUAUGAAGCUGUGACACCACAUAUCCUGCCAAGGCUGGUGCAGCUGUGUCCAAACCUUACUGGUCUCAACCUUUCCUACUGCCAUAAAAUCCAUUCAGAAAAUCUUCACACUUACUUGUCCAACUGUGCAAAGCUUCAGCGGUUGGAUCUGACCAAUGUCAUGGCAUCUCAUAAGCCAACCCCUCGGUGUGCUGUGGGACAGCAGACAUUAGCAGACUUGGCAUCUACAAUGAAAGACAGGCUAACUCAUCUCACCUUGGCCAACAAUACUCUGUCCAACAUGCCAUCACUCAUCAAAUCACUAUCUGAUAACUGUCCAAACCUUCAAACGCUUGACCUGUCAAACGUGAUGACCAUUGGACGUGAUUGUGUCUUGAUCAACAUUGAGAGGUUACAAAAGGGCUGCACAAAUAUGAAGACUUUGAGGCUAACAAACUCAAUGAUCAGGCUUGCCCAGACAUCCCUGUCAGAACAAGCAUCAUCACCAGGAUUUCCUGAACUGGAGGAGUUGAGUUUGGCUGUUGAUGGUAACCUUAGUGUGGGUAUGAAUGAUGGGGAACUCGAGAGGGUCCUCAAAAACUCUCAUAAGCUUCGUCUCCUUGAUGUGAGAGGGUGUAUGAACAUCACUGAUUCCUCACUAGUUCGCAUUCCACCUUGGGAUUUGGAACAUCUGUUUCUUGCUGGAUCAACCUCACCCAAGAGCUAUUCCGACAGAUUGGAAUUGGUGGUUCGAAAGUGGCAGCACUCUUUGGUAGAAUUAGAUUUGUCUUGGACAGCUAAUGCAGACAGUAUUGAUGCAGCUGUGAUGGCUAUAUCAGAAGAGCCUGAUAAUAAGCUCAGGUACCUGAAUAUGUGUGGGUCUUCUGUUACAUUCAAUCCAAUACGACAAGUAUUAACAAGAUGUAGCCAUCUAGAGAACCUGAACCUGACUUCCUGCCGUGCCCUGCCACGAGGGGUGAAGCGUUUCCACGAGACAACUCAGUUAGCCACCCUUCGAGCAGACAUAGCGAGUGGUAAAUUUGAUGAGGCCCCCAAUGAGGACGAAGAUGAUUAAGCCUUUGGAGGGGCCACUAGAUGAGAGCCAAAUUUCUGACCAGCUCAUGUGCCCAGUACAAAGCAAAUAUGGUUUGCCUUCCAGCCAGUGACUGUGAGGACUCCUUCAGAAGAGGAUAUCCUACAUGCCUGUUGAGAGGAAGUAGGCCUCACAAAUUGGAUUUAGCAAGUUGAGGUCAAAUCAAUAUUUUGAUGAAGUUUACCACAAAAAAUAUGGUACUGUAUAUUGUUUUGUAAAUGUUUUACAGUCUAUGAAGGGUGGGUGGGGAGGAAUUAUAUAUGAUGUUUAUAGUCUCACUAUGUAGGCUUGUAUUCAGUAGAUUGCCUCGGAUUAAGCAUUAUGCUCCCCAUAUCCUUGACAUGAAGUAGCAUUUCUGAAACAUCAUGUGUCGUCCUUAUGGAAUACAGACACUAUUGAUGAGAGUGUCUUGUAAUUUAUAAGAGACGUCAAGGACUAAUAGCCACCAGUGGCUAUCAUGGGAGGUUGGCGUGAUGUUUAGCCUGGGUGCAUUUCCUAAAUUGGCUUGUAGGUUUUCUUGUUUAGUCUGUGUUUGUUGUCUUACUACCAGGUCCUCCAUAGAUAAUAAUUUUCAAAGAGUAAUAUCCUGCCAGUGCUAAAUUAAAUUUUCAUCCUAACAUUGCAUUCCUGACAAGUCACUCUUGUCUUGGAUGCCUUGGAUUAAUGCUUGUCAAUUACUUUUCAUCUGUUUUGUGUGAAUGUUUCAUUAUUCCUGUAAAAACUCUACAGGUUUGCUUUUUCAUUAUCUGCAUUUUAUAUGAAUUAAAAACUUAAGUUUAUUAAUCUUUCCUUGAAUAAAUACUCUGACGAUAGGAAGUCUCUGCCAUCCGUUGUUUUAUGUAAUCAAAAGAUUUUACAAGAUUAGCAACUGGAAAGUCAAGCUUGUGGUAUGUUUGUUUUAGUAGAUUUAGUUUAAAGCGAAAUUGAAACAAUUUUCAUUGCUAUAAAGUAGUUAUUGAUUUUAUUACUAUGUAUGCAGAUCACGUUCAUUAUUGCAUAAACUGUUAUUGGUUUUCUAAAUUUACUGUAUCUAGUAUUCACUUCACUAUUUGAAUCCUAGAAAUCAUGCCAUUAUGAAGUGCAUAUCCAAUCAUUACGUAUAGAUGAAAUAGAUCUGUAUUAUAUAUAUAUUAUAUAUAUUUAUAUAUAUAUAUAUCUAAGGGUUGUUUUUUUUAUUUUGUUAUGGCUAUGAUGCAUGACAUUGAAAUAUUUUAUUCUAUUUAUCACAUUAAGUUUUGAAAAAUUUUUUUGAUAACAAAAAUUAAUUAUAAUUAACUCAUUGUAUAAAUUCCACUGCCAUUAUUAAACCAGUAGUGCAAGUGAUUCUUGGUUUUAGCAAGAGAAUAGCAGUAUUCCUUUUUAUGAAUAUUGUUUUUUUUUUUUUUUUUUUUUCCUUUCAAAUAUACCUUUGUUGUACUUUUUGAAGUGAUGAGAAUUGAGAUUGGCAUCUGAUGGAAUUAAAAUUAAAACAGCCAUAUAUCCUGAGGUAAAUUUUAUCAGAAUCUUGUUAUAUGUCCAACUUCUUUUAUCUUCUUCACUCAAAGAAUAUUAGCAUGGUUUGGCAUUAUUCUAAAAUCUUAGAGAAUUAGUUCAUAUUUUGCACAAUAGUAUUUUUACGUCCUUCUCAAGGACAUACGUAAAAUGUUGUGCCUUCCUGUGUCCGUGACAACCAUUUAUUAUUGGUCCAGAUUCUAGUUACCAUGUGGUAUUCUCUGAAUUUGUGAAUGUUGAGAACCAAGUCUUAGUGAUCUGUUUGAUGACAUGAAUUACUAAUUACCAGCACUUCCCCAUAAGUGGUAACUGGAUAUAAUGGACUGUUUUAUAAAGUAAUGGUUGGAUGCAUUUUUUACAGUAUAUGAAAUUGAUCAAAUUUUUAUAGAAAAAAAUUACUGUAUGUAUCAGAGUUACUUUCAUGAAUGCUAUGUUAGUGCUUGUUGUUUUAUUUAUUUUACUAAUAUUCAUUGAUUCUUUCAUACUUUUUUUUAAAUAGCUUUAUCACCAAAGUUGGGUGUGGUGUGUUAGACUUUUGGCAUGGUCAAGUUGUAGCUUUAAGAAAACAUAACCCAAAAUGUUAUUCAUGCAAACCUUGUGCUGUAAUACUUUCUUUUUUGUGUGUGUGUGCUUUUGUUAAUGGGUAUUCACAACUUCCAAAUGAUUAAAACAAGAACUGACUGCAUCACUAUGCACAUGAACUUACUCAGAAAAGAAUAGUAUCAGGAUAUACUAGGGAAUAUAUUCAAUUAAAUUUCUUCCUCAGCAUUAGCAUGAUGUUCAGUAUUGAGGGCCUUACAGAGCUCUUCCAACACUUGUGCUGUUAAGAGUUUUCUGUUCAUGGAAGAAGUAUUUUUCACAAAAUUUGAACAAUAUACAGGCUCAACAAUUGAAACUUGGUAGACAUCAUAAAAGCAUGGUUUAGAGAUGCCUUAUGCUCUUUAAUCCUCUCUCUCUCUCUCUCUCUCUCUCUCUCUCUCUCUCUCUCUCUCUCUCUCUCUCUCUCUCUCUCUCUCUCUCUCUCUCUCUCUCUCUCUCUCUCCAAAGAAAUGGUUUAUUUAAAGAAAGUAUUACUUAAAAUUGUUUUGCUUCUAGCAUAAAAAUUUCAGCAAUAACUCAAAAUUAUUUAGGAUUUUCCAAAACAAGCCUACAGCUUCAUUUACAUGAUAUCUUUCAUGUACGAUAUGAACGUUGUAUUUAAUUUGGCCAAUUGCUUUAGUGUGAUAUGCUACCGAUGAUCCAUGAAUAUUCUAAGUCCUAUCAUUAUAGUCAGUGACAAGUGAUGUGACCACGCAGAAAAACAACAAACGCAACUUGUGUUCUGAAAAUAUCAACCAAAUAAUUACAUGUAGUGAAUUAGAAGUGUAUAUGUAGCCUCAUUAACUAACCUUUUACUUGUUUAUGGGGUGUCCUUUGCAUUUUCUUACUUCCAUGAGACAAUCUGGGAGAGAGGUUGCAAGGUUCUGCAGAAUUGCUGCAGGUAUAGCAGUCCAUGCCCAAGAAAUUGCUGCUUUAAAUCUUUCCUCGAUGGAUGUGUUUUUUCUCUCAAUUUCCGUUUAAGUAUCGCCCAGAGGUUCUUGAUAGGUGAUAUAUCAGGGCUAUUUGGUGGCCAGUCAAAUAUCAUCUCAACCUUGUUCUCUCUGAGGCAUUCUUUCACUACUUGUGCUGUGUGGCAAGGAGCCCUGUCCUGUUGGAAUACCUCUGCACCAGUGACAGUAAAGCAAGUACAGUAGUCAACUUAUCACUUAAAAGGCGUAGAUUUACAUCUUUCGUGACUGAUUCACUCUUUGAAAAAACAUGUUGGCCAGACACACCUCCAUUAGGAAAUGCACCCCAUACCAUUACAGGAGGGUGCUUGAGAGUGUUCUCAUUUGUUUUCUGUGGUUACGUCAGUUGUAGCUGACUGUAAACUUUAUAAUUGGUUUGGAAAUAUGAUUAUUAAGUAGGAAAUUGAUUUUUAUGAUAUUAAUUAUUUUUAUGGUUUGCAUCUCAGAAGAAUUUGGUUUAAAGCUAUUAGAUGUGUUUUCAUUUUAACAUGCACAAAUAGACACACAACACAAGUCAACAAUACCAAUCAUGAUUAUUAUUAUUUUUAAACUUGAAUUUUGAGACAUUGAGUCAAAAUCAUAAAAUUGUGAUGAAUUCUUGUUAAGUGCAGUGCUACUGGAGGAUUUGUUCCAUAUCAAAUGAUGUAUCUGGUAUCCAGUAUUCAUGUUUAUAUCAUAUAUUGAGAAUAAUAGAUUGCAACAGAUAAAUUAUUAACUCAAUCCUGAAAAUUAUGUGAGGGGAGUAAUGUUUUGUAAUUAACCAAGAAGAGAAUUUGUCCAUGAUAUUGAGAACAUUUGACAUGGUAUGGAAACAUUCCAUACAUACUAUAAGGCAUGAUGAAUUUGACUUGUAUGAAUGAGUUGAAGUAAUUGCCUUGUUAUUUGUGUUAGUUUGUGCAAUGUGCAGAUGUGUUAUAGAGAACCUUCCUGUAAUGUGAAGUUUACACCAAUACUAGUAUCACAUGUGCUAGUUCCAUAGGCACCAGUUCAAGGUUCUACUUCCCUCUCAUGUGUGCAUCAGCCAGACUACAUUUAUCAAUAUCAUACCAGUAUUCUCUUGAAAGAGGUUAAGUCAAAGUGAGGUGUCUUCAGAAUUUGUAAGGAAGUAAUCGACCACCUCAUUCCCAUCUUGCCCAAUCAUAAAGGGGAACAUGUAGAGGAAGGGGUCCCAAGCCUCAUCAAUAAAUCUUUUAGUUG